AUGAUUGAUGCAGUACCGACGUACUAUAAAGACAUUGAGGUCGGUACUAAGCAUCAGUAUCUUAGAUAUAAAAAACCAGGCGACAAGUACGGAAAAUAUUAUGUUAAAUGCAAUGAACUAGUAAAGCGUCCUGACGGAACUAUAUGCCACUGUGCAAUGGAAGAAAUGCGUGAGGAUCAUUUCAAAAAAUGGAUCCAAAACAAACGGCACAUAUGCACACCAGGAGAAGUAGCAUCACAACAAACAAUCGAUCAAUACUAUCAAAACGUCCCAGCAACAGGGCUUACACCUAUAUCGUUAGGGGAUAUCUAUGAACAGCUUGCUACAUUUACUGGAAGAUUUAACUUGGCUCUGAAUACCUUCUCAAGCCCAGAGUUUACAAAGCUAGUUAAAACCAUUAUAAUGUAUACUGCAGACUCGAUGAUAUUGAAGUUCCCACAGUUACACAAUGUUAACAUCAAUGUUGAUAAACUAGCUUCUCAAAUAUACCAGCCUAUUUCAACUGACAAACUAAGGCAAACAAUGAUACAAAUUGCAAAUUCAAUCCAUGUUGCAAAAGUUGAUGAGUUUGCUAAGCUUGCCUGUACCUGUGUUGCCAUUGAUGAGGGGAAGACUCAGCAGUUUCACAAUCUGGACUUCUCCCUCACAAAUCCUCUGCAAAGCAAGCGGCCCUAUCCUGUUGAGUCAAUCCAAAUGAAUGGUGGAACAUCUGAAGAUUAUAUCCACUCGCUUACUCAAGGAUUUAACAGAAUCUUCAUUAGAGAUGUUAAGAUCAGCAGUGUAGUUUGCGAUGGCAAUAAAGCGCAAUUGAAAUGUUUUCAGAAAGGAUGGAAUCAAUCGUUCUACAACUCAAAUGACCCAAGGUUAUUCAAAAUCUUGUUUAUCCCGUGUUUAUGCCACAGGAUUCAUAAUUGUUAUCAAUAUAUGACAACAAAAGACGUAGCAUUAGGAGCAAUUGUGAAACAUAUCCACGAAAUAUCAGCUCUUUGUAGAAUCCAUGUUGAAGACAUCGGAGCUCUCUGUCCAAAGCAUGUAUCCACCAGGUGGAUCUAUGAUUAUAAUAUUUGUAUGUUUAUUAUCAAGUAUCAAGACAAAAUUUCAAGAUAUACGCGUAUUGAUAUUGAAAACAUCAAGUUCUUAAGAGACUGCUUGGCAAUUCUCAAGAAGCUUAUUUCCACGUUCGAAUCAGAUAAAACCAAGAUAUCUGAUUGCUACGUAUGGCUUUGCAAGGGUAUUGAAGCACUCCAAUACCUUUCCAGCAGCAACAACAAUCCUUUUGCUGGAAUCCUUUCAAGAUCGUUGUUGAACUAUACCCUUGGAUCGGACUUUGGAGGUCUUUGGUGCUUAGCCUUCGCUUUUACACCGAAAGGUAGGUAUUAUUUCAACCAAAAAUUCGUCCACGGAGCGCAGAUCAACGAAUCUCCGGCAAUUAAUUCAUUUGAUAUUACAAACGUAACUUUCGUUAAUCCAGUAGAAGACAUUCAAUCUAUCUAUAUGGACUCUAUCUUUGAAGAAGGUUCGACUGAAGUUUCUCUUGAUAUGGUUGAGGAGGGAUCAAUUCGUCAGGUAACUGCUACAAUUGACCCUCCUAUGCUUGAUCUCGCAGAUGUAACAUCUAGUUCAAAUCAGCCGGUUAACCAUUUUGUUGCAGCUAGGCAGUAUCUCAAAAGUAUUUUGGAACAAUUUCGUAUUCCGGGUCAAACAAUAACAGAUAUUAUUACACUAUUUAACACGUAUAUUAAUAGUGAUAAUGAUAUCUUCUCUGAUGAUAUGAUUCAAGAACGUCAAGAAUACGGUUGGGAAGAAAUCUCUCAUAGAGAUGGCAAUGUAUCAAUCUUUGCAGAUAUCGCCCUUCGUGUUAUCUCCGCUUCACCUUCAGAAGCAACAUGUGAGAGAACAAUAAAAGACCAAAGAUUGAUACUAAAUUUGAAAAGAUUACGUUCUCACAAAAUUUUAUUAGAUAGCCGAGAAAUUUUAAUGGCUACAAAAUAA